CUGGGCCUCGCUGCUGGUCCCGGAGGUGCUGGCGAAGUCGGAGAGCCGGGAUUUCACACGAGCCCCCGCGCCGCCCUGGCAGCGGGCCAGAAGCCAACCCCUGCCAGCUCCUGGGCUCCUCGUCGCCCCCGGAGUGGGAAUUCCUUCCAAGUGGCGGGAGCUGAGGUCCGUGGGCUGAGACGCCUUUUCCAGGGUCAGGCAGCCCGUAAGCGACAGACCCAGGGUUUACCCUUGGGGUCUUCGCAGCAGGUGAGAGCUCAGGGGAUUGGGCCCGUGCUGUUCACGUGGGAGACCUAGGUUGAGUUCCCGUGGCCUGGCUUCAGUCUGGCCUGGUCCUGGCCGUUACCGGCGUUUGGGGAGUGAACCGGUGGAUGGAAGCUCUCUGUCUCCCUGUCUUUCAAAUAAGUUAAAUAUGUUAUCAGUUAAUUAAAUUGAGGGCCUUCUGACAAUAGGACCUUGCUUUAAUCUAAAGACCAAAGAAUUGAAUAUUUGUAUUUUGUCCACACUUAGAACCGAGUCUGAAGCAGGAGGAAGAGUUUUUGGUUCAUGGGGGUCAGAGGCGCUUUUGUUUUUGUUUCAUAUGAAGAAACUUGAAGAUGUGUGUAUUUGAAAGGCAGAGUUAGAGAGAUCUUCCAUCCUCUGGAUCACUCUCUGCAUGGCCGCAACGACCGGGGCGGAGCCAGGCCGGAGCCAGGAGCCUGGAACUCCAUCCGGGUCUCCCACGUGAGUGGAGGGGCCCAAAGACCUGGGUCAUCUUCCGCUGCUUUCCCAGGCCUCUGGCACUCCAGGGAGCCCCCAGAUGCCUGAAGAGUCUGGCAGUUCCCUGCCCAUGACGCCCCGGAUGGAGAGCCACUUAGAUGAAGAUCUUGCCGGGGCUGGCAGUGACCUGGGCUGGAAGAGUAGGGGUCCCCAGACCCAGAGCUCAGAGGGCUGCUCGGUGGAAGCCGUGCUGGGCCGGAAGAAGCACCGCCGGCGGCCCUCGAAGCGCAAGCGGCACUGGCGGCCCUACCUGGAGCUGAGCUGGGCGGAGAAGCAGCAGCGGGACGAGAAGCAGAGCCAGAGGGCCUCCAGGGUCCGCGAGGAGAUGUUUGCCAAAGGCCAGCCCGUGGCGCCCUACAACACCACGCAGUUCUUGAUGAACGACCGAGACCCGGAGGAGCCCAACCUGGAUGUGCCCCACGGGGUCUCCCAGCCGGGCUCCGGCGGGGAGAGUGAGGGAGGGGACAGUGACGGGCGGGGCCGGGCACAUGGCGAGUUCCAGCAGAGGGACUUCUCUGAGGCCUAUGAGCGCUACCACACCGAGAGCCUGCAGGGCCGCAGCAAGCAGGAGCUGGUGCGAGACUACCUAGACCUGGAGAGGCGGCUGUCGCAGGCCGAAGAAGAGACCAGGCGGCUGCAGCAGCUGCAGGGGAGCUCCGGCCAGUGGCGCUGCCGCCACGUGGAGGAGCUGGCUGCCGAGGUGGAGAGGCUGCGCACCGAGAACCAGCGGCUUCGGCAGGAGAACCAGAUGUGGAACCGCAGGGGCAGCCCCCGUGACGACGAGCUGGGCACCGAGGAGUGCCCCCCCAGGCAGAUGGACCCAAGGCCAGCUGGGUCUCAGGGAGGCAGGUGACAGAGGGCAGCAGCCCCGCACCCCCUGGGAACAGCUGUAGGUGGGUCCGACUUCCAUCCUGUCGUUUCCACAGUUGGUUCUUUGAUGUCAUGUUAGUUUUUACAGAGAAAUAAAUGGUCUUGUUGAGACCCAG